AUGAUUCACCUACAGCUCCCUGAAAUGGUGCUGCCGCUGCUCUUGGCUUCUUCCUCUCUCUCUUCCCUAGAACCGAAACUGCUUCUCUUCCAAUCAAGAAUGAACGGGGACAGUUUACAGCUACUGAAACCUUUGCCCAUCUCAUCAGUUCUGAAGUGUCUAGCACACAGGAAGAAUUUCCAGCUUCCUCAGCAGGCUGUGAGCCGUCACCAGGGCCAAAAGGGACAUGCACUGGCUGUUCUGCAUGAGAUCCUUCAGCAGAUCUUCAACCUCUACUGGACACAUGUUUCUCCAGGUGCUUGGGAGGAAAACCAUAUAGAAAGAGUCCUAGCGGCGCUUCACCAACAGCUGAAACACGUGGAGUCGCUAACUGGACUACAAGCAGAGCAGAAGAGCAGUAGCUUGAGUGUGCAGAACCUUAGGUUACAGAUUAAAGCGUACUUCCGGAGGAUCCGCGACUACCUGGAAAACCAGAGGUCCAACAGCUGUGCCGGGGUCAUUGUCCAGAUAGAAGCCAACCGCUGUAUGUUCUUUGUGCUCAGGCUCACAGGAUGGCUGAGCAAACAAGAACCAGACCCUUGA